AUGGAUUCGAUGCGACACCUUUCAACGUCGCUGCCGGCCCGCGAGCCAGCACCGGCGGAACUACUGCCCGACUUUAAAGCGGCCGCGCAGGCGGUCACCACACUUUACAGAAACGCCGCCAACUCUCAAAGACAUGCUCGGACAGCCGGCUACCAAGAUGCUCUCGACGAUCUGCUGGGCUUUCUGGACCGAAGCAACUUGGGCCUCAUGGAUGGGGAGGGCUGGAAAGUGCGGCAGUGGGCGACAGAACGACUUAUAGGCGACGGAGCCGCCACCCGACAACAAGAACCGCUCACUACCAACACCAUGACUGACGACGAAGACGAGAGUGAGCCGGCAAAAGACGACGACAAGGACGACGAUGGGAGGAGCAGUAGCCCGGAAAUACAGAGGAAGCCCCAGCUAGCCGCAAACUCCAGCAGCGACAUCUCCGACGUCGAUGCUAUUGUCCCCCGAAGGGUGGUCUCCGAACCGCCACAGCAGUUGCCCUACCCAACAGCACCGCAGAAGAGCGAUUUCACCUUCCAGUCUCCACACGCAUACCCCACCAACCAUGACAGAGACGGCAGCCAUGAUACCGAGAUGGAGAUAGUACAGCCAUCUCUCUCUUCAACCACACCGACCGCGAGCGAGACCAUUCGAAUUAUCCCACGAUCAAACCGCAUGACCAAAUCACACGCCACGCACAGUCGACGCACCGAGAAUCGCAGCACGGGCACAGCCUUCAGCUUGGGUCAGGGAGCUGGCGGCAAGCGGAAGAUGCCAUAUCAGGAGUACUUUGAUAUUCACGGAUUGAACGAUGGUAGCGAUCGCAAGGAUGGAAGCGGUACAGGCAGAGGUGGCAAGCGAUCAAGAAAUGCUUGA